AUGCAGCGCACGCAGCAGUCGGUUAUGCUUUUAAGCGGACGGUGAGGGAAUAAUUAUGCAAAGCUGUGAUACAUGACAGAGGGGUUUGUGGAAUGAAAAUUUGACGGCGUCACGCAAUACCAUACAACGUUUAACCGGACAGUAUUUCAUUCAUGCGUACUGUCUGCUGCUGAUAGAUGAACAUGGAGAGGCAGGCUGUGGAGUGUGCCAGGGAGGCAUUUAUCACUGGGAGGUCACGACCCCAAAAGUUUAGAAUUGAGCAGCUGAAAUCCCUUCUGAGGAUGAUUACAGACAGACAAGGGGAGAUCGCCACUGCCCUCAAACAAGACAUUAACAGGAGCCAGUACGAUACACCCCUCUAUGAGCUGAUAGGCUUAGAGAAUGAGAUCAUCCUGGCAAUGGGAAAACUCUCUGAGUGGGCAGCCCCACGGCCAAUGGAGAAGAGUAUCCUGACUCUCACUGACAAGGUGUACAUCCAGCCAGAGCCCCUGGGAGUGGUGCUCAUCAUUGGGGCCUGGAACUACCCCUGGGCUCUCACUCUGCAGCCCCUAAUCGGGGCCAUUGCUGCUGGCAACGCAGCUGUGGUGAAACCGUCUGAGCUGAGUGAACAUUCCUCAGCUCUUCUCAGAGCCCUGCUCCCCCAGUAUCUAGACCAGGAACUCUACCCUGUAGUGACAGGUGGAGUUUCAGAGACACAGGAGCUGCUGAAGCAACGUUUUGAUCACAUCUUCUACACGGGGAACAGCACUGUGGGUAAACUGGUGAUGCAAGCCGCCGCACGCCACCUCACACCUGUCACUCUGGAGAUGGGGGGGAAGAGCCCCUGUUUCAUUGACAAGGACUGUGACCUCAGAGUUGCCUGCCGUCGUGUCACGUGGGGAAAGUUCAUGAACUGUGGUCAGACGUGCAUCGCUCCAGACUACAUCCUGUGUGAACCCAGCAUACAGAACAGAGUGGUGGAGGGCAUACGUCAAACAUUACUGGAAUUCUAUGGUCCGGACCCCAAAUCCUCACCAGACUACGGCCGCAUCAUCAACAGGCGCCACUUUAACAGAGUGAUGGGUCUGCUGGAGGGAUACACAGCCGCGGUGGGUGGGCAGAGUGACUCAUCACAGUGCUACAUCGCCCCCACUGUGGUGAAAGACGUCCCCCCUCAUGCCCGGAUCAUGCAGGAGGAGAUCUUCGGGCCCCUGCUGCCCAUCGUGCCUGUCAGCGACCUGGACGACGCCAUUCGCUUCAUCAACGAACGAGAGAAGCCUCUGGCACUCUAUGUCUUCUCUUGCGACAAAAACACAAUUAAGAGGAUGCUAGCUGAGACCACCAGUGGAGGUGUGACAGUCAAUGAUGUAAUGAUGCACUAUACUCUCAACUCUCUGCCCUUUGGGGGUGUGGGUAACAGUGGCAUGGGCCGUUACCAUGGCAAGCACACGUUCGAUCAGCUCAGUCACCACCGGGCAUGCCUAGUCAGGUCCCUGGGCAUGGAGGGCAUCAACACGGCCCGGUACCCUCCUCAGAGCCGCGAGAGGGCGCGGAAGGCACGGUUCGCCUUGCGCAGCCCACUAAUCGACUUCUCCAAGCGUACCUUCGUGUGGGCUGUCACUGUGUCCAUCAUAGCGGUCGGCCUCUUAAUUGCCCUGGCGGUCAUCCUGUUUAUAGCUUCUGGUCUCAGCUGUACCUGUUGGUAUUGGCAGGGGUGGUCUCUGGGGAAAUCUCCUUGGUAAAUUCACUACUGUCAAAUCACACAGUAGACAGUACACACUCAAGAACAGAUUCUCUUUUUCUAUGUAUUCUAUGUUAAACAGCUAACAAAUUAACUAUUGUGCAGAUGACCAUGCAUUUUACAUAAUCUCUCUAAUGUUUUUGAACAAUGACAUUACUUUCAAGACCCUUUACAAUCUUGAAAUGUUAUUCACGAUAUGACUCUUAGAUGUCAGAAUUUAACAAAGCUCUGAAAUCUAUCAUAACUGAAUUCAUUGUCAUUUUAAAUUGUACAAUAUAUUAGAAUGCCAUUUUUAUUUAAUUUCUACAUUUAAGCUAGAUAUAUUGCUUUCUACGUUCAUAUUUGUUUUCUAAUACAGCAUGCCUCUUCAGAGUCUGCUAUUGACUUUCAAUAUAAGUGUGCAACAAAGGUAUUGUUUUCAUGGAAAUGUAUGGUAAAAUAGGCUUGUUAGCCAGAGGCUAAAAAACAUGUGUUCAAAAUGCGCCUAUCAGCAUUGCUUUUAUGCUCUCUAUCUCUCUAUCUCUCUUUCUCUCUCCAUCUGUCCUUUCACUCACUCAAAUUCAAAUUCAAAAUGCUUUAUUGGCAUGAAUGUUCAGGUUAAACAAUAUUGCCAAAGCAGACAACAAUGAAGGGACAACAUAAACAUUCUCUCUACAUAAAACAUCCAGUAUAAUGAACCUUUGACCUUAAAAUACCAGGUGACUUCAACAUCUGACAAUGCACUGGCACACAAUGACCAACAACCAUUCAUUCCUCAACAAGCCAACAGGCUGUUGGGCAUCACACAUACACAUACACUACAAACUAAACAUUGUAUUGAUUUUUUUGUCAAUUAUUAUUGAUUUUGUUGUACAUUUAGUCAUUUAGCAGACGCUCUUAUCCAGAGCGACUUACAGUAAGUACAGGGACAUUCCCCCCGAGGCAAGUAGGGUGAAGUGCCUUACCCAAGGACACAAUGUCAUUUGACGCGGCCGGGAAAUCGAACCAGCAACCUUCUGAUUAAAAGCCCGAUUCCGUAACCGCUCAGCCAUCUGACCAACUAGCAGCACUAGAUGGCAGUGUAUAGCUACUUAUACUCCUGGGUAAAGAUGAGAACCGUAUCCUUUGUCAUUUAUAAUAAUGUGACCAAAUGAUGCUAAAGUGUUUUAUAAACAAUUUUGGAUGUCCUAAUUUCUUCAAAUACUCACUUUGUGGUGUCAAUAAAGAUGUCAGUUGUUUUGUAAAUCAAACUGCAUUGCAGUUAAAUGUUGUCUUUGGUUUUGUUUUAACUGAACACAAACUGCAGUGGGAUUACAGUGUACUUUAUUCAGAGGGCAGCCUGUGGAAAAAUCAAUACUUGACUUUAUGAUCUCAUCACAUAACACAGUCUAUAUAUGUAAUAUAUGAUAUGGAAAUGCAGCUUGAAAUUCAAUCGUAAGAAAAUGUUAGCAGAUCAGAUAGCUUUUAAGAUUUAUCGGUACACUGGUCAAAAGGAAGUAUUGAAUAACUGUGUUUAUCCACCAAGAAUGUAUCCCCAUAUCCUGACCAUGUUCCAUUUCAAGGACAGGGUUCUUUGAAGUAGGUUUCUGAGGAUGAAUGUUUAGUGUCCUUUUUGUUGUGUGUGUGUUCAUAGGCAGUUUCCUGUUUCAUCACAGUUUACUGUUUGUUCUUUCAGCAAAAUACAGCCACUGCCAAAGAACUUGUAACCUUCCAGCUGCAUUGCUACAUAUACAUCAAGUUAAACA